AUGCCUCGCACAAGAAAAUUCGAACGAAUUUCGAAAGCCACCAAGGAUCUGCUAGAGAGGAGAAGAGCACUGAGGCUGGAACUGACUGCAUCACAUCUCGAGCGACUGCCAUUACCCCUUUGGCGAAACACCAAAAUUCUUUCUGCUGAAGUAUGCGCCGCAAUCCACACCACGAAGGCAGCCACGGUUCUGGGACCGGACCAUGUUUCGGUCGACCUCUUACGAGCUAGAGGACAUCGCUUACACGAGAUACUUGUGGAACAUCUAACGUCCUAUCUUCAAAAGGGAUCCCCGACCAGUGGAGAACCUCCCGAACAAUCCUUCUUCAUAAGGUGGAUCACGUCCAGACAGUUCGAGGAUCAUCGUGGUUUGCCGAAAGUACCACCUACCUUUCGUCCUAACCUUCUUGUCCAUGAGAAAGCGUUUGGCAGCGAGGAGACUAAUGUCAUAUUGUGGGCGCUCAUCGACCAAGGAGUGGACCCAUCUUACGUGAGGACAUUGGCCGACUACUACAGGGAACCGCUCUACAACGGUACAGCUUUUCCAUCGAAGGGAAUUCGGCAAGGCGACACCGUGUCGCCAAAGCUGUUUACCGUCGCGUUGCAGUGGGUGAUGAAAUCACUGGAGUGGAACGAGAGUGGUAUACGUUUCGAUGGAAGAUUCUCUCGAACAUUUUGCGGACGACAUUGUUCUCUAUUCGAGAAAUAUCACUGA